AUGGCGCACAACUGUCGAAUAGCAGAGGGCUUCCGAAAAAUCGCUACCCAGAAACUGGCUGAGACUCAACCAGAAUCUGCUAACUUCGGCCUCAACGUGCAUCGUGCCUGCCUCCUGGCCGCCAGCGUCUACAUUCAGAGCCUAGAAGCACAGACGGCAGAAAGCUCUCGCUCCGCAGCUCGCCUCAACUACAACAGUACUGUGAAAUUGCUGGCCGCCAACAUGAUCUCCAACAACCACCUGCAUGAGGGCGUUGAAUUACUUUGCAUGUUGGGCCUGCAUGUGGAUGCAUGCCGCUACCUGGAGACUUACAAUGAGUGGGACCGAAAAACCCACUACCGCGGUUGGAAACGGCUGGAGUCCUUUACCGGAUCUGGUGCAGUUGUGGACAAAGCAACUAUGUCGGAGAAUCCGGAAGAUUACUCCGGACGCGAAUGGCCGAGCAUGCAGCUGCGGGAGAGCAACAAGUGCUCCGUCAUUUUACAACGUUCGCCCCUCAAACGUGCUCUCAAUGCAAAGUACAACGCCCUCUCCUGGAAGUAA